AUGGGGAAAAGUGGUGGAAAGGAGCAAAAGGUGGUGGGAAAUGGGAAAAAUGGUGGAAAACGGGGGAAAAUAGUGGAAAAAGGCAAAAAUGGUGGAAAUGUGAAGAAAAUGGUGAUAAAAAGGGGGCAAAUGGCGGAAAAGGAGGGGGAGAUGGUGGAAAAGGGGCAAAAAGUUCAGCUGGAGGUUGUUUGUGCUGCUGCUGCCGUGCUCUGGCUUUUCCCGUGGCUGGGCUCUCACCUGCCGGGGCUGGAGCCGCUCACCUGUCCCUCCCCUGUCCGGGCACAGGCUCAGCGCUGGCGCAAUGAGAACUACGAGAGGCCCGUGGACCUGGAGGGCUCCGGGGACGACGACCCCUUCGGGGAAGAUGAGCUGGACGACGUCUACUCCGGCUCUGGCUCGGGGUAUUUCGAGCCGGAGCUGGGGCUGGACACGGCCGUGAGCCUGACCAGGGACACGCUGGUGACGCUGCCCACCACGGCGGCCGUGGUGCCCGUCACCGCCGCCCAGCCCGUGGCAACGCCCCUGGAGCCGUCCCCCAGCCCCCAGGACACCGGCCCCGGGCAGGCAACCAGCGCCUUCCUCAUCCCCAGGACCACGGAAGCGCCGGUGGUGCCCGGCUGCCCCACCACCACCACCACCAUGGCCACCACCACCACGAGCAGCACCACAGCGGCCACGGCCAAGCCCACCACCAUCCGGAGGUUCCUGCCCCCCUUGGCCACCAAGGCGGCCACCACCCGGGCCACCACCCUGGAGACGCCCACCACGCCCGUCCCCGAAGGCAGCACCCCGACAGAGGCGGCCACGUCACCCCUUGUCCCCAGCGGCACGGCCAGGCCCAGGGCUCUGCCAAAGCCCAGCACCUCGAGGACUGCAGAGCCCCCCGAGAAAAGCACGGCCCUGCCGCCCACGCUGCCGCCCACAGAGGCCCCCCAGAUGGAGCCGGGGGAGGUGACAACAGUCCCCGACAGCGAGCUGGAGGUCCCGGCCAGCAGCGGCCCCAGCGGGGACUUCGAGAUCCGGGAGGAGGAGGAGACGACUCGUCCCGAGCUGGGGAACGAGGUGAUGGCCGUGGUGACAGCGCCGGCGGGGCCGGGGCCCGGCAGGAACGCGGAGACGGGGCUGGUGGACAACGCGAUAGACUCGGGCAGCUCGGCCGCACAGCUGCCCCAGAAAAACAUCCUGGAGAGGAAAGAGGUGUUGAUAGCGGUGAUCGUGGGCGGUGUGGUGGGCGCCCUUUUCGCCGCCUUCCUGGUGAUGCUGCUCAUCUACCGCAUGAAGAAGAAGGACGAGGGCAGCUACACGCUGGAGGAGCCCAAGCAGGCCAACGUCACCUACCAGAAACCCGACAAGCAGGAGGAGUUCUACGCGUAGCCCGAGAGCCCGCAGUGCCUCACGCUCCCUCCCUCCCCCUCCCCGCUCCAAACCCUCCCUCCUCUCCUCCAUCCAGUCUCUCUCUUUCCCCCCUUCUCUCUCUCUCUCUGUUUGGGAUCAGACUGUGAAUUUACAAAGCAAAACCUGCCGCGGCUGAAGGAGGAAACGUGCCCUUGGCAUGGGGGGCACGGGGUGCCUGGGGCAGCGCCGAGGUGACACCCACUGAGGUGACACCGAGCAGUGAGAUUGAGCAGCGCUGAGGUGACACCGAGCAGUCCUGAGGUCACACUGAGCAGCGCUGAUGUCACACCGAGCAGCGCUGAGGUGACACCGAGCAGCACCGAGGUGACACCGAGCAGCACCAAGGUCACACUGAGCAGCGCUGACGUCACACUGAGCAGCACCGAGGUGACACCGAGCAGCGCUGAGGUGACACUGAGCAGUGCGGAGGUGACUCCGACCGGCACCAGGGUGACACUGAGCAGCACCGGGGUGACACCGAGCACCACUGAGGUGACACCGAGCACCACUGAGGUGACACCGAGCAGCACCGGGGUGACACUGAGCAGCACCGGGGUGACACUGAGCAGCACCGGGGUGACACUGAGCAGCACCGGGGUGACA